UUUAAUAGCUCUUCUAGUUUGAUGGACGAUGAUAUUUUCCAAGCAGCACCACCAAUCAUUGAAGGUUUAGAUUAUUCAGUCACUCAUAGUUUUCCCUGCUUUGAGAAGGAAGAUUUAGUCAUUACAGACUAUCUUUGGAAUGGCGAAUACGUUGAUCCUUGGCUGCUACAUGAAGAAUAUCAUAUUCCUCCAGCUUUUGAUGAUUUGUGCCAUCAACCCAUGGAGAUUCCUCAAAUUUUAAGCUCCUCCCUGCGACUUGAUGAUCCUCUACCUCCCCAGAUUCCAUUGAAAGGAAAAAGUGCAUUCCAGAAGUAUGAGGAAUGCUCUACCGUGGGAGUCCAAUUGAAUUCGGCACCUAAAAUCAAUCAGAAAUCAAUCAAGAAAUGCAUCGAUUUUGUAGAUAGAAUGUGUAAGAGUAGCAAACGCAGGUCGAAUUGGGAAGUAGAUGAUGGUGUGGUAGAUGAAGCAUAUGCUUUUACUCGUAUGAUUUCUGAGCGCAAGAGAAGAAGCAAGCUUAGCCAACUGUUUAUGGAUUUAAGUUCUAUUCUUCCUCACAAUCCCAAGAAAGUUGAUAAAAUUUCCACGUUGUCAAAAGCGAUAAUGGAGCUGAACCAGAAAAAGCUUCGUAUAGGAGAGCUUGAACAACAAAAUCACAAGCUAAGUAAUGCAAUUAGCCAUUAUAUAAGUGAAAGUUACAGCAGCUUAUCAAAUGGUUAUAGUGCAUAUUUAGGAAAGAGUGCUUUGAUGGCUUGUGAUUGUGAAGAAGCUGUUGUAAUUAUUGAGGAGAGCAGCAUUCCAGAAGAGGCCAUCAUUCAAGUGAUGACGAAAAAAACAUCUAGUUGUACUCACAUGGACGCCAUUGUUAGGGUGGUGAAGUGCUUGAGAGAAAUAAAAUUGGAAGUGGAGGUGGUGAGAAUACAGUCGAGAGAGAUAGAUGCAACUAACCUGGCAAUUGAGGUCACAAUCCGCUCUAAAACAGAGGUUAAAUCUUGCACACAAACUUGCCUUGUUAGAAUUAUUUCUGUAAAUUUGAUUACUGAAAAUGACAACAUUGUUUAUUAUUGAUGACACAGGGAGAACGAUUGAACGUUGCCCAGAGGAAAGUGUUUGAGGAGAUGGUGAAACACGCUUUGAGUCUAACUUAAAGUAGUUGUUAAAUAAGUACAUCGAUUAAAUUUUAAUGAAUUGACAUGUUUGAAUUUUUAACAAAAGUUGUUGACAUUUAUAUGUAUA